UGCGCUCUCGCAGCUCACGGGAAUGACGUGCGUGAACGUUCCUAUCGGUCCUCAAGGCAACGUCAGCGGUUAUUUCAGUGUCUGCUGAAUGCCAUCGCUAAUUUAAGCCACACUUGUUAAGAAGAUGGACAGCUAUGGGUUCUCCAGUGACAUGUUCAGUGGCCGAGCAGUUCUGGGGGAGGACAGCUCGGUCAUGGCCCGAAUGCAGAAGAAGUUCUGGAAGACCAAGCAGGUUCUGAUCAAGGCCACAGGGAAGAAGGAAGAUGAGCAUGUGGUGGCCUCUGACGCAGACCUUGAUGCCAAAUUGGAGUUUUUCCGUUCAGUCCAGAGCACUUGCACAGAACUCCUGAAAGUGAUUGAGAAAUACCAGCAAAGAAUCACACACCUCUCUCAAGAGGAGAAUGAGCUCGGACUGUUCUUGCGCUUCCAGGCAGAGCAUGAUAAAACAAAAGCAGGCAGUAUGAUGGGUGCCACCAGUAAAGCUCUCUGCUGUUCUGCCAAGCAAAGGUUGGCUCUGUGUGCCCCUCUCCAUCGUUUCGAACAGGAAGUGGAGACGUUCCGGAGGAGAGCCAUCGCAGACACCCUGCUGACCGUGAGCCGGAUGGAGAAAGCACGGACUGAGUACCGUGGAGCUCUGCUCUGGAUGAAGGAUGUCUCACAGGAACUGGACCCAGAUACUUAUAAACAACUGGAGAAAUUUCGCAAGGUUCAGGCCCAGGUUAGAGGAACAAAAGGGCAUUUUGAUAAGCUGAAGAAUGACGUGUGUCAGAAAGUGGAUAUGCUGGGUGCCAGUCGCUGCAACAUGCUUUCACAUUCCUUAUGUACUUACCAGACAACGCUUUUACAGUACUGGGAGAAGACUGCACAUGUGAUGUCUGGAAUCCAUGAGGCCUUCAAAGGAUAUGUACCCUACCAGUUCACUACCCUCAAAGAAUUGAGGGACCCACUGGACCAGAUUGUCUCCGCACAAGCAGCAGAGGACAGCAAAGACGAGGACAAGAAGACACAUCCAGACAAAAUGGGUCUCUUCAGGCGAGAGGCCUUUUUGAAGGCUCUGGUUACUGAUCUUCUUGUUUCACUUGAAGAUGAACAGCUGGAUGAAUCAUCCGAUACUGUUUCUACUCGUGCAGUAGAUGGACAGAGUAGAGGAUCUGACAGUUCUUUGUGUGCCAGUCUGGACUCUGUGUUGAAUGAACAAUUAGGCCCCAUUGGUGGAGCUAGCACAGAUGACGACCUCUUAUUAUUGACCCCUGAGCCUGGCCCGAUCCCUUCUCUCACUUCAACCUUGAUCCCAACCCUACACCCAUCCAUGUCCGUUAUGCAGCCUCAGAUACCGCAGGAGGCCUCAAUGCCUCCUGCUAUUCAGUGGGGCGUAGGCGUCUCACAUGAGGAAAUGCAAGAUGCCUUACCCAGCAGUCUUCCACCUAAAAUAGUAGGCAGGGACCUGUUGUCUGAGGCUCUAGACUCUGCGGGGGUGAAAGAAGAGGAGGGAGAGAGAGGUGACCUGGCCUUCCUGCAGGAUCUGCUGAGUCCUGGGGCUGCGGGUGGCGCUAGUGAGUUCAGUAAGGCAUGGCAGGAUGCUUUCGGCUGUUUUGAGGCCCCUCUUGCUCCUGUUGCUGCUGCUUCACCACAAGCAGGAACGGCAAACACACCCACUGGCUUCCUGCCAUCACAACUCCUGGACCAUAGCCUCAGUACCACAGGAUGGGCGACUCCACCUAUGUUUCAAGCCCCGCCCCUCCAGCCACCUUCCAGUGGAGGACAGCCUACCCAGAAUAGUCCAAACUCUUCUACCAGUAGUGCACCUAAAGGAAGGUCCAGGGACAUGUCUGCCUGGUUUAACCUCUUUGCAGAUCUGGACCCUCUGUCUAACCCAGAUGCUAUUGGGCGCAGUGAUCAGGAGUUCCUCAAUGCCUGAGGUGUGUUUUUUGAAGGAUGGUAUGGAGCUGAUCGCUUCCCAAAUAUUCUUUGCCGGAAAGGAGUGCAUAUCCCAAGCCUUUAUUCGGAGCUGGAACACUACCUCUCCUGAAACCGUUCAACCUGAGCCAAGGAAGCAUCCAGAAAUCUCUAUCCAUAUCCAACACUGAAAGGUUUCUGAGAUAUGGGAAUGUCUCUCUUUUCUCCAUUCUUUCAUUGUGUGCGUGAAUUUACUGUAUGUUCAUUAGGUCAGGACACCGAAGGGUAAAAUGUUGAAGACUUCAUCUCUAUAUCACUAUAGUGUUGUUACCUGAGAGUAAAGUAUCAGUUACUUUCUGAAGUGCACAUGUUUAAAGGGACUUGAAGGGGAGAAUUUGCCCGUCUUGUAUGUGGGGGGGCUUAGGACUUAGGACCAAAAAAAAGAAUAAACCUGCGUAAGUGUGUGUAUAUCAGUAUGCUUUGUACAACAGGGGAGUUUUAAAGUCCAGAAACAGGGUUACAGAUUUAUAACACCUAUUAUAGAUUAUAGACUGUAUUUUUAAUCAAGAUUGAUACCCAAAAUGUGUGAAGUUGCGUGUAAAUAACAAAAAAUAUUUUUGGAGUCUCUUUCACUGGAUUAGUUAAACCCUAAAUGAUCAAGUAAAUGAAAUUAUUUAUUAAUAUAAUAAAAGUGUUACUGUAAACUACAUAUGCAAGUCGUGUGCUGUGCCAUUAGUUUGGUUGGAAUGAGGUCGUCACAUUUUAAUGAAACUAAUCAUAGGUGAUGCAUCUUGUUUUCAGUGACAAAAAUGCUGAAACACUCUCACGCAGAGAAAUAACUUCUCCCAAAUGAUCUUCACUGUCACACUGUGAUGCAAAACACUGGAAUGCGUUUGUGAACAUGUUUUUGUAUGUGAUUUUAUUUCAUAUGUCACCUUUAGCACAGAAUUACAUAAAUAUCCUACUUUAGAAAACGUUACAUUUUAUCCCAGAUUAUCAUGUUUGGAUUCAUCAGGAGUGACUAUGAAAUUAUGACCAAAUGUUUUUUUUGUUGUUUUUUUUGCAUUAAAGAAAUGCACUAAACUGUCUCUGAGUCCAAUCUCGGAUUGUUCUAGAACAGUGUUUCUCAACCCUGGUCCUGGGUGCCCCCCAACC